UGCUGGUGUUUUGAGAGUGAGCCCAGGAUAGGGGACAAAGGAUACCAACCACAGAUGGAUGGGCAAAACACAAUGCUGAAAGAACAAUUAGUGUCUCAUCUCCGUUUUGAAGCAGAGAGGUCAGAGGUGCUGCUUAUGGCAAAAGGCAGAUGUAUCAUGUGUGGGCCGGCUGGCAUCAGGAGGAAGGACAAAAGUGAACCGCCAUCUCCAGUAGAGAAGUACUCCAUUCUUCACACAGCAGUUUAUAGAGCAAGAACAGAAACUAAGCAUGAAGCAGAAAUAAAUGAAGAAGGUGGUGUGUGUUCUAGUAAAGUACUCUCAAAAAAACAUAAUUAUGAAAGAGAAAAAUCUGUUUGUCAGCGCUUGGAAGGGUCUGACCAUGAGAAAAUGGAGCCGAAGAGAAGCUUAGUGAAAGUGGCAUCCACAACCUCAGAAGACAAUAGUGAUAGAAGGACUGAAAUACUGAAGUCUGUUUUGGAGCCAAGUUGCCUUAAAAAGGUUUGUGAGCAGCCAGAUGUUGAAUGUUCUCUGAAGAAGCCUAUAAGAGCAAAAGUUUAUUCAUAUGAUGAAACAGAGCCAACUGAUGAUGACAUUAUAAUGUGCAUUUUGAGGCUUCGUGGCAAACUUGGCUGGCAAACAAAGUUACCGUCCUGUGAGCAUUUAGCUAGAGAGGCUGAUGUGGCCAGGCUUCAGAAGUUCGCACUUACGAGACCUUUAUUGCCAAGAGAUAGUGGUGAAUAUAUAUAUUGUCUUCAAAAAUGCAAAAACAAUCUUCAAGUUCCCUACAACCCAUACAAUUUACAGGCUAUCUCUACAAAUACAGCUAUGCACAGCAAAGAAUAUUGGACUAUUACAGCAUCAUUCGUGUCUAAGUUUCAUGUAAACCAGAAAUUAGGAGAAAUGGAGGCCACACCAGUACCACAAUGGCUGCGUGAAAGACAUCUGUAUUACAGGUUACUCAACUUGAAUUUAUUUUCCAAUUUCAGAAUGAAGAAAUUCCUUCUGCACUGGAAAAUCAAUGCUGGAAGAAGCAAGGCGAACAGGAGCAAAUCAGUCUGAAUGCAGGUGGUUGUGCAUGUGAAAAGAAUUAAAGAACCCUCUGAAGCGCACUUUAUCAAUGUGUAUCUUCUCUUCCUUAAAUGCUUGAUGAAGCAAAAAAUCCACAACACUAUAAACAUGCUAGAGUACCUGCUGAUAACAGCAUCAAAGACGUGCUCUAGUAUUUUUUUUAAACUUUUAUUCUGUGAAGGAGCCUGGAAUUUUAAUCUGGAGAAAAAUGAGCUUUAAAGUGAUGUUUGUCUACUGCCUUGUAGGAUUCUGAACUGUGAUUUUCAGCAAUAGAAAAUAAUAGUUACUAGGUUGUUCUUUAGUAAGAUGAGAGUGGAUGCACCAAAUCUAUGCUGAAUAUGGAGUGAAUGAUGGAAUUCUGUCCAUAUAUCAAGUGAGUAAACAAAACCCUGUCACACUACACCUUUUCUUUUUAUGACUUCCAUUACUGGUGAUGCUUGUAUUGUGUUUGCUGAUGAGAAAGAAUUAUUUAUUCAUCACAUGAGAAUUUUUUUUCCCCCUUUUCUUGAAAAUGUAUCCUCUAGUUAGAAUUAUUCUCGUAACUUUUUAAUUAGUCCUUGUCUUA